UAGGCAUUCAAAAGUAAAUAUUUCCCUUAUGAAUCGUCCCCCAUUGCUGAUAAAACGCUAAAAACUAAUUUAAAUUAUUAUAAUAUUAUUAUUUAUACUAUUAUCACCAUAUUUUACUCAUGUUGUUUAUAUUGUAGUUUUAAGCCUUUUAUUAGUAAAGAAGCCUAUAGACAGUAGCGGAACACGCAUUACACUACAUCCAAGGGUUAUGGGAUUUCUGCUGUUCAGUCAUAGUCCAGCUUUGGUCCGGCCUCCCUGUGGCCCUUCACUUCCUUAGUAAUUGUUUACAGUACAGAUGCCUGUAAAACUUUUACGGCCCUGACGCGUAAUAAAACUUUAUGGCUUUGACUAGCACCUCUAAAACGACGACAGUUGUUUCCUGUCUAACGAAACAGAUGGGAACGGAGAUAGCCCUUACCCUGACACAUUGCCAUUUCGCCUUUGAUGCGUGUGUGCAGCUCGCUCCUGCGCACGAGACUACGUUAGCUAAGUAUGUGAUAUAAAAAGAAAAAAACUAAAACUACGGCAAUUAACAUAAAUCAAAGGUAACCAAGACUUUGCAGUCAGUCUAAUGGUGUUAUGGGCUGUUCUACAGGUUUAUAACUAACACAGAGGAAAAUUCUGAUAACAUUUUUUCAAUUUACAAAUGUAUUUCAUUAUAUUUAAAACAAUAGUUAGCAAUAUAAUUAUGCAAGUUAAAAAUGUGAUCGAUUGUUUUGUAAUUUUUUAUGAAAAUUUAACUCUGGACAUUUGGUCUAUAUAUACAGAAAGUUUCAAAAGUAAGAAAGAGCAAUACGAAAUGGAAAUACUUUUUCAGACGGUAAUGCAGUUUUAGCACAAGCUAUGGCUCCUAGGCCAUGUCUCCUAGUGUCCAAAAGUGCAUAACCAAACAAUUUUUACUUUACAUAGGUGUUUUUUUGCUUUCGAGACACCCUAUAUUUUACAUUACUGUGCAAAUGUUUUAGAGACCUGCAAGUGCAUAUAAAAGCUUCUAAUCUGAACCGUAGGGAUGGGUUUUUCAGACAGAAAUGAAGCCUAGACUAUAUUUUUAUUUCAACUGGAAACUUUUUCUAAGUGUUUGUUUGUGCACUAAAUAUUAAUAUUACAAUUAUUCAAAUAACAUGUAUACAAAAAAUAUUGAUUUAAUAUGUUGAUUCAACCCAAUCUCCAAUUCAAUCUUUAAAUAUCUCCUCAUGGCCUAUAUUAUGUAUAUGUUUUGAUAAUAUCAAUAGCUGGCUUGUUAAAGUUUUUACUAAUGUUAAAUCUGGUGAUCUUCUAAUGGAAUUGAACACAUCCAUUUGGGUCCUGGCUGUGGCGUCCAGGAGAAAUCUGGAAGCGAGUUGCUUUCUACAGACUAGCUUACAAGAUCUCCACUGCUUUCUUUAAUUAAAAAUGUCGCUGUAUUUGAAUGUAUUUAUAGUUACCUUCAUCUGUUCUAAUGCAAUAUACAAAGGCAAAAUACACAACUCUCAGUGGAAGUCAGUGUAACCAACCGUCAAAAAGAAAAAACGACGUUUGACAGAAUCCUACCAUAACAAAAUAAUAGAAGCUUGCAUUCCACAAACAGACAGGAGACAAGGAUACCAUCUUUCACCGCCAGAGCCACCAGAACACACCACGCUUAGACUAUAGGUUACACUACACAGGUAAAAACGUUAAACGUAGUCUACUCACCAUCGCUGUAAAAAUCUGCAAGGGUUUACUGAACACUGUCGAACAACAUCAAAACUUCUUCUACAGUAUCUCCUAUUAACCACUGACCUUCUUCCACAAAGCGCGGGUAUUCACCUUUUUUAUUUUGACUUUUUCAACUUUUUGAGGUUGCAUGAAACACAGGGCCUAAGGGCAAUGACCGUGAGUGGCUCGCGGCCAGCACGUGACGCUAUUAAAGUAAGUUUUAUGGUUAGGCAGAACUGACAAAGCCCUCAAUAUAUUUACAUCAAACGCGUUAAUUGUCGUGAGCGGCUGGUCUAUCUGAGUGGUGUCUCCGGUCUGGUGGGGAUUGACUUGCUCCAAAUGCUCCGCGCGCUUCUUGCUGGACUCCAGCAAAUGGCUCCCACACGGUGCAAUAUUCUAUACUGUUUGUCAGGCUGGGGUUGUUUGUAGUCCCUUUGAUUGUGUAUCUAUUUAUACGUCGUCUAUAUGCACCCUGUAGAACCGAAUUUGUGUGGCAUCUUAACAACCGCAAAUUCGCGUCUACGGGAAUACAUGGGCGAUUCCAGAUCUCACAAUUUGCGCCGAUUGUGGACCACGAGCAAUCAGAGAAACAGCUUGUAUAACAUCAGGCACUUAAUUAUUGGAAUGAUGGAAAAGAAAGGGGACAAUAUUAAUUUCACUGCGUUACGCAUUUUCUAAAAUGUUUUAAAUUUAAAUAUUCUUGUCAUAAUAUAUGUUCGGAUUUCACAAGAUAAUAGGCAAUGCUAUAUUUUACGUGAUGGGCUGUAACAAGGAAAUACCAUUAAGGUAGAACCCUUUAAGCAAUGUCGUACCCCAUAUACACUGAUUGCAGUUAAUAAUCAAACUGUGUUAUUUUAACAUGAUUUAUAAAAUGACGAAAUCAGCGAUAUCUCUUUUACAAAUGCGACAUAAAAAGACAAGUGUCACUGGUGAGUUUGGAUAGUAAAUAAAAUAGCUGCCUUACAUAUAACCUAUUGCUUAGUAAAAUGGUUUUAUAAAAAAAAAAACAUACCAAAGACUAUGCUAACAACAUUUGUGAGACGUCCAGAAAGGAAAAAGUCGAAAGUCCCAGGACGUUUAGUUUUAGUUGGUUUUGGAAUGUUUAUUAUUUAAAAAAAAAAAGCUCUACCAUCCUCAAGUAGACAAUUAAAAAUAAAAAAACAGGUAAACACUGCCUUCCGUGUCCGGGAAUUACCUCAUCGUCUACCAUUGGACUCUUACGUCACGUGGUCCCAGUAACUUUACGGGGUCCCCUCGAUGGUAGGAGGGCUUUACAGAGCAGAAAAACGACAAAGGUGGGAAAAUUUAUUUCUCCCUCCCGAAAUUAAUGACCAUGAGCUCGUAUUUGAUGGAGUCUACUUACAUCGACCCUAAAUUUCCUCCUUGCGAGGAAUAUUCACAAAACAACUACAUUACUGACCACAGCCCUGAUUAUUACAGACGUACAAGGGACGCCGGUUACCAGCAUCAGCGCCAGGAGCUGUACCCUCAGCGUGUGGUGGGCUAUCAGGGGAGUCAGUAUGAAUGUGAAAGCAUUUCCGAGCCCGAACCUCAACAAAGACACGGGCUUGCCCACGAGGGGGACCUGCAGGCGGCUCCGACCUCCCCGUCUACUGCGACGGUUACUGCCCCACCAGCCUGCAGCCAAGCCAACUCUGAAGUGCCCGCCAACCCGGCCGGGGCUAAACAACCGGUGGUUUACCCCUGGAUGAAGAAGAUUCACGUCAGUGCGGUGAACUCUUGCUAUAGUGGAUGUGAACCCAAACGGUCCCGCACCGCCUACACCCGUCAGCAGGUUCUAGAACUGGAGAAGGAGUUCCAUUACAGCCGCUACCUCACUAGGAGAAGGCGCAUCGAGAUCGCCCAUGCCCUGGUGCUCUCCGAGAGGCAGAUCAAAAUUUGGUUCCAAAACCGCAGGAUGAAGUGGAAAAAAGACCACAGGCUUCCCAACACCAAAGUUCGACCCUCUUCAUCUUCAGCUUCCCAUUCUGGCUCCAGCUCGGCGCCCAACGCUGCAGCGCAAACCCCCCCCCCGGACCAGUAGCGGAUCCUCAACCGGUCAAGUCCCAGAUACCAGACUAUAGGCACGGGGAUCAUUUAUGGACUCAAGGAAGAACAAAUAGUAUUUAUACAAAUCUAUUCUUUUUAUACAUCGACCAGCACGAAAGGUUCAUGUGUUCGUUUUGGUUAAAUUGUUUUUUUCCAUAUUAGUAAAGCUGUACAUUUGGAAUGAUAAUGAUUUUAUUCCCAAUUACCUUCAAGAUUGUUCGGCUAGCAGGGUUUAAUUUAUUUUUUUAACGUAUUUAUUAUAGCUCUUUUAUUUAUUGAAACUUGAAAACGUAGUUUUGUAGAUAUUCCACCAAACAUCCGCCAACAUGCACAGUGUGAUGCAUUUAUAAAAUUCAUCUCAUGUUUAUUUGAGGUUUUUUGGCACACUUCAAAAAAUAAAGAUGCUACACAGUGUUUCUAACAGAUGCCAUGAAAGUAAAUAGAUUUUUUUUUUUAUAAAGGUGACAGAUGUGAUGAACCUUUAAUAUACUUAUUUAAUAUUUACAAGGUUCUUUACUUACAUCUCUUUAAAACAUUCUACUUUGUGGGCGAAAAGUGGUUCUUUUUCGUGGUUCUUCUAUGUAAUAGCUGGAAGAAUGCUCUGUAGUAUCUUUAUAAAUUGUAGGGGUGUAUAAAUAAAUUGUUAACAUAUCGAAAUUUCGAGAGCUUCAACGUGAGAGUCUGCUCACUUUAAACACAGUUUUGAUGUGGUAGGCCUAGUGGAUAAACUCUGUUUCUGGGAAAAAUUAAGAGAACUUUUCAAAUCAUCCCUUUUUCUGUUUUUAAAAAAUGUGCAGGGUGUAAAGACAAUAUAGUUUCAUUCAACUUAUUACACUUCUUUCAAAUUCUAAAUGAAAAUAUUAAAAACAUCGUGUAUCAGUAUUGUCUGAUGUGACCACAAUUAACCGGAUGCCAUAGGAGAGGACUCUUAUUUUUAUUUUCUGUUUAUUAGAUUGUGCUUUAACUUGUAAAGUGUAAAUUAAGUAGUGUUUUGUGAUGCAAAUGAUUGUGAUCAAUAAAACAGUUUUACUGUAAACUGA